UUUAGUUCUUCGUCGCAUUUCCGCGAUAACGCCCCCACUAGCACUAGCAGAUAGCACUAGCACAACAAAUGUCGAAUUAUCAUUGGCUCAUCGAGUUCAUUUGCGUUUCGAGUUUUAUUUCAAAAUUGCCCGUAAUACACGGGUGAAAGUUGCCAAUAUCGGGGCCACAAUAAUGAGAAAAUUCUCAUUAAACGAUUGACUGUUGGCGACAGUGCAAAGUCCUCUCUUGGUAUAACACUCCCUCCCCCAAUUUUUAUAUAUCGGCAAAAAAAUUUUCAUAUUUAUUCACACCAGUUACGUGAUUUUCGUUACUAUUUAUUCACGUCGUGUGUUCAGCCUCUAUUUUUCAAGAUUAAACAAUAGAUCCGGAUAAAUAUUGACUAGUUACUCAAUUGUCGGAGAGGUGAAAAAAAAAAUAAUUCGCGUAAAUGUGAUUGUCAGUGGGACCCGUGAAAUCACGUAAAAGACAACCAGUGAAAGAUUCGAAAAGAGGGUAAAAAAAAGAGCAUCUCUAUCAACCUGUUGAUUCAAAAAAUAGCGCGCCGACACCUCAACACGCACGCCUGCGCAUUGCAAUAAUGAGCGAUAUGGGUCAUGUGACACCAAUACCGAGGGACUGUUCUAGUAAUGUCCCCGCUGUAUCUCGCACGCAAAAUUUCAUUCGGAAAAAUCAAUUGGACUCACCGAUAUUCGCCUGCAUCUGCUGCUCCUGCGUUGUCCUCGGAUUAAUCUGCACUCUGACGAUAACUCUCCUGAUUAUCGUCCAGUCAUCCCAAGUAUCAGCCCAAGAUUCCCGACCGCAGGCGUACUCCAGGAUGUCGUCAAAAGAUCAAUCAACAGAAGUGAGAUUUCGAUUGUCGCCAGAUGUUAAGCCGAUGCACUACGAUCUGUAUCUCCACCCUGACCUAGUGAAAGGGACCUUUUCAGGGCGCGUAACCAUCCUGAUUACGGUUAAAUCCAAGCGAACCUACAUAGCCCUCCACCAGAAGGACCUGAACAUCACAAAUGCAAGUCUAAAGACAUUCGACCUAGCGGAGAACGCAGAGAUCCCGAUAAAAGAGUGCUACACCGUUGGAACCCUUGAAGAGCUAGUUGUAACAUUCAAUGAGGACAUACGCCCGGGUAUAUACGAGUUGCAUUUCGAUUUCGAGGGUGCACUGCAGCCUGACAAAAUCGUGGGCUUCUACGCUAGUCACUACAAAGACGAGAGCAAUCGCGACAAAGUGAUAGCCACAUCAAAAUUCGAGCCAACCUACGCCAGAAGGGCAUUUCCCUGCUUCGACGAGCCCUCCUUCAAGGCCGAAUUUACAGUUAAGCUAGUUCAUCCAACAGGCGAUGGUUAUCAUGCCCUCUCCAGCAUGAAUGCCGAGAGUACAUUAAUAAACGAGCCCGAUCUAGGCCUGACAACCGUAACUUUUGCCAAGAGUGUCAAAAUGUCAACGUACCUAAUGUGCUUCAUCGUUAGUGAUUUUGUUUGUGUAACAGCGCCAGCCAGAAAGCUCAACGAGAGCGAAACAUUUCCCAUAAGUGUCUACACAACAAGAGCCCAAAAAGAUAAAGCCGAUUUUGCACUGCAGAUCGGUGUAAAGAUCAUAGAAUUCUACACAAAUCUAUUCAAAAUCGAUUAUCCACUCCCUAAACUCGAUAUGGCAGCAAUACCAGAUUUUGUAUCCGGCGCUAUGGAGAACUGGGGACUCAUCACUUACAGAGAAGCUAGACUAUUGUACGACAAAGAAACAAGCUCAACAGCUGAUAAAGAGGGCAUUGUUCAGGUGAUAGCCCAUGAAUUUGCCCACAUGUGGUUUGGUAAUCUAGUAACGAUGGGCUGGUGGCACGAUCUCUGGUUGAACGAGGGCUUCGCCAGCUACAUGCAGUACAAGAGUGCCGAUAGUAUUCGACCACAAUGGGGUGUCAUGGACAGAUUUCUCCCAGAGACCCUUCACCCGGUUUUUAUCACCGAUGCUAAACUCAGUUCACACCCUAUCGUACAGACUGUUACUAAUCCCGAUGAAAUUACUGCCAUAUUCGACGGGAUAACUUACAGCAAAGGAGCAUCAGUCCUCCGAAUGUUGGACAAUUUCGUUGGCUCGGAGACCUUCAACUGGGGCGUAACAACAUAUCUAAAUCAAUUCCAAUAUAGCAAUGCUGAAACAGCAGAUCUCUUCAGAAUUCUCCAAAAAUCGGCUGGAGCAAAGGUCAAUAUCACCGCGAUAAUGGACACCUGGACAAGACAGAUGGGUUUUCCAGUGGUGAACGUCACGAGAGCUAACACAACGUACACCCUGACCCAGAAAAGAUUUUUGGCAGAUCCGGACGCCACGUACGAUCCAACAAAAUCGGAUUAUGGUUACAAAUGGACAAUUCCUAUCACAUACACUACCGAUCAGAAUGAAAGCCCAACGUUGGUAUGGUUCGACAAAGACGCGAGUAAACUAGAGAUCAAACUGUCAGAGCCAGCUGAGUGGGUAAAAUUCAAUCACGACCAAGUGGGUUAUUACAGAGUCAACUACGACCUACAAGAGUGGAAUAACUUCGUAGAAAUCCUGCAAACAGGUCACAAGAGUCUCACAGUUUCAGACAGAACGAGCCUGAUCGAGGACGCCUUCAGUCUAGCCCACGCCUCUCAACUGGACUACACAAUAGCCUUGAGAAUGACGUCGUACCUAAAGAAAGAGGAGUCCGUAACCCCCUGGAGAGUAGCCGGUGCCAAUCUGAAAACCAUUGACACACUCCUGGCGUCGACUGACAUCUUGCCAAAAUACAGACAGUACAUCAGAGAACUAGUGGACAGUUCCUAUCACCUCGUAACGUGGCAGGUGGACAAUAUCGAGGACCACAACAUGAGAAGACUGCGAUCAUCAAUCCUGAGUCUUGCCUGUACAGUUGGACAUGUCGAGUGUCUCCAGGACGUUGGCGAUAUAUUCAAAAAUUGGAUAAACAACGAGAGAGACGAUAGACCCCAUCCAGACAUCAGGGAAUUAGUCUACGCUUAUGGUAUGAGUUAUGCUGGAAAGGAAGCAGAGUGGAACGUUAUGUUCAAGAGAUUUGUCGAUGAGACUGACGCAAGUGAAAAGCUCAAUCUACAGCGUGGACUAGCUGCUGUACAAUCCAGCUGGCUCCUCACCAAGUUCAUUGGAAUAGCUGUCGAUGAGAAAUACGUUAGAUCGCAGGAUACAAUUGGCUGUCUCCUCGCAAUAUCAAGAAAUUCCAUCGGUACACCCCUCGUCUGGGACUGGGUUAGAGAAAACUGGGAGUUCUUGGUAAAACGUUACACACUGAAUGAUAGGUAUCUGGGACAGCUAGUCCCAGGUAUAGCAGCUUCCUUCGCUACUGAAAUUAAAUUGCAAGAGCUCAAAGACUUUUUCAAUAAGUACCCCGAGGCUGGGGCUGGAAAGGCCUUCAGGGCUGGCGCCCUCGAAACUGUUGCCAAUAAUAUCAAAUGGGUGAAAAUGAAUUCAGAGAAGAUUGACAAGUGGCUCGACUCUGUUACUAAAUAAUUCCCCAAUUGUUAAUCCCUCGGUUGUUACUCUUCCUUCAAGUCUAUCAUUUUUCCUCGAAUUUGCGUACCGAAAAAAUAAAUGAAGAUAACGACAAUUCCAUUGAUUAAAUACCUAUUGAUCUCCAGAAUUAUUGGAUCUUCGAGAUAAAUCGAUAAUUCAGCGAGAUUCAAAUUCGACUAAUCCAACUUUACCAUUUCGCUACUGAGUUGUACUGCAUUUUACCAUUUUUGUAAAUCAACAAUUAAUAAAAACGAUAUUUCAAUAAAAA